CAGUAUCAGCCGAGAAACGUCAAACAACCUCCGUUUCGGUUUUCGCUUGCUCAUGUUGAGUGAAUCUACUUCGAUUGUUUGAAAGUUUUAAAAAGGUGAAAUAUCCGUUAUAAAACAGUGAUUUAGUACUUAUUACUUGUAGUAAGCGAUCGUCUACGGAUACUCUUUUGGACCAUCAUGGAUCAAAACAUGGACAUCAACGCCUUCGAGGGCCGCAUCGUAAAGAUGGAAGUGGACUAUUCGGCCACUUGCGACGAGAAGAUUCCCCUGUGCAAAGAGAUGGCCAAAACCGAAAGCAAAUUUAACGAGGCGCUGGAAAUGUUACUGCAGCUGGAGAAACAAACCAGAAUCGGUGCCGAUAUGGUUUCGAGUUCCCGGGUACUGAUUGCGAUUGUGCAAAUUUGCUUCGAAGCAGGAAACUGGAACUACCUGAAUGAGUAUAUCACAAUCCUGGUGAAGAGGCGUUCCCAGUCGAAACAAGCCGUGGCCAAGAUGGUCCAGGAAUGCUGCACCUAUGUGGACAAAACUCCGGACAAGGAAACCAAGCUGAAGCUGAUCGAUACCCUGAGAACCGUGACCGAGGGUAAAAUCUACGUCGAAGUGGAACGGGCACGUCUGACCAAGAUGCUGGCCGAUAUUAAGGAAGCGGAUGGGGACGUUACGGGGGCGGCAUCCAUCAUGGAGGAACUCCAGGUCGAAACGUACGGAUCGAUGGACAAGCGGGAAAAGGUUGAGUUGAUCCUGGAACAGAUGAGACUGUGCCUGGCGAAGCAGGACUUUGUCCGCACCCAGAUCAUUGCCAAGAAGAUUAACAUCAAGUUCUUCAACGAUGCGGAGCAGCAGGAUCUGAAGCUGAAGUAUUACGAUUUGAUGAUCCGCUUGGACAAGGACUCGUCCUUCAUCAAAACUUCGCGGCACUAUUUGGCGGUGGUGGAUUCGGAGCUGAUCGUGCAGGAAACCGAAAAGCGCCAGCAGAUGAUGGUCUACGCCGUGCUGUACUGCAUUCUGUCCCCGUACGACAACGAGCAGGUCGAUAUGAUGCACAAUCUGUCCAAGAAUAAGCUGCUGGAGGAGCUGCCCGUUUACAAAGAACUGCUUCGCCUGUUCAUGUGCAAGGAGCUGAUCAAUUUCGAUGCCCUGUGCACCGUGUACGGUACCGAGCUGAACACGCUCGACAUCUUCAAUCAGGAGACGACCCACGGCAAAAAGUGCUGGGCUGAGCUGAAGAACCGUCUGAUCGAACACAACGUGCGCAUCAUCUCCAACUACUACACCCGCAUCAACCUGAAGCGCAUGGCCGAACUGCUGGACCUGACCGAGGGCGAAUGCGAAGACUAUCUGUCCCGGAUGGUUAAUGCCGGCACGUUGACGGUGAAGACUGACCGCCCUGCUGGAAUCAUCCACUUCUCGACGAAGAAGGCUGCCUCGGAAAUCCUGAACGAUUGGGCCUUCGGACUGAACGAACUGAUGAAUCUGGUGAACAAAACGUGUCACCUGAUCAACAAGGAGGAAUGCAUCAAUAACGUUAUGCCGGCUCCGAGCGUUACAUCGUCAUAGGUCGUUUGAAAUUUCUAAUGCAUUAGGAUUAACCGAAACUGUUGCACUGAGCAGUAUAAUAAUUUGAGUAAUAAAACGUCUAAUUAAUGUAAAAUCA